GUCAGUUCCCUAUAGCCAUUCCCCCUAAUUCGCAACAAUGCGAGGUGCUCAUCCUUUACGGGGUAUCCCUUGAGUGAAUGUGAAAGUAGCUGGAUAAGGUUGGCGAGUGUUCAGGAACUGGGCCCCAUUCCCUCCCUCACCAUUAUCAGAAUCCUUUCGCGCCUAGAAGCCACCACUUCGUUGACACUCCCCUCUCCUUUUUCUACUUUUUAAUCACAACUCACAGCCGGCACCCAGCACUGUACCGUAGGUUUGUUCAACGCUUGCCCAAGGGAGCAUAUAACAAUCCACAAGCACUUGACUUAUUCCAAUAGUUCGUUCACAGACAGAGCAAGGACAGGUCUGCUUCGACCGCCUCGCGUCUUUGCUAGUCCGUUCCUAACGAAGUCAUUGACGGAAUGGGUUCUUCUCGCGCUUCCGACGAGAGCCUCGACAACGGCGAUAGAUUCAAGUUUGGCGACACUAUCGACAACGACGAGAACCACGAGGAUGACGAUAACCAGAAGAGCGAACGUGGUAUCAAGGUGGAAGAAACGACACCGAUAUUGACACCUAAGCUUCCAUCUUCGCAAGAUGCGUUCGCCUUGCUGGGUGUGUCCCGGCCGGAGAGUUCCACGCCCCAAACCACGACGCCGUCGCCUCCUGAGAAGCCCAGUCGCGUCAACCGCAAGGAAAAACGCUUCGUGGUCACGAAGCAGGAUCCUCGCGCCCUGGCCACGCCCAAGGGCAAGAAACGUGAGGCUGAUGGUAGCAUCACACCCCCAAUCCAGCCUACUGCGAAGCGCACAAGGGCAGAUCAAGAGGAGGCCAAACUCCCCUAUCAAUCGAUCAAGGCAAUCAACAUGCCGCCGCGCCUUGGUCUCGUCCCUGGUCAGAUCCCGCCGGUACCUGACCGAGCUAACCUCCCAUUUGGCGAAACCGAAGACUUCUGCAACAGCCUCAUCAUCCAUUGGUGCGACGAGCAGGAGCUAGGAUACGGAAGGGUUGCAGGCCUACAUAAUCAAAUGUUCCCGCAGGACAAGAUGACCGCUGAAGCCGUGCGAAGGCGUCAUAUUCGAUCCCUCCAGCGCCUAACGAAGAAGUUUGGUGCGAAACCUUUGAGCCAGAUUGGCCCGCUUGGUAAGAACGUCCUUCAACGUGGGAAGUCUCGAGCUCCCCGACUCAGUGAUAUUGUUCCCGCAGUCAACUGGCCUUCGGUCUCUGCUCAGGCCGAGGGCACUGAAGACGCUGCUGCUACUACUGCUACACCCAAUCCUCUACAAGUCAAGAUCGGAAUGGCCAACAGGUUCUCUGCACGCCACGAUACACUCCAAGCAAAGCGUAAUCCGGUGCAAAACUCAAUAGACUUCAAGAAGGCCUGUAUCGUGGUGUGGCGAGACAGUCUGAAGAUGGAUUUCAAAACGAUCCGUGACAAGCUGGAGACAGAGUACACGUGGUCUCUUGGUUUAGGUACUAUUGAGAAGUACUACUACCAGAAUAUCGAUCGAGUUUACGGUACGCUUCGGGAGAAUACGAGGAACGAUCAGGACGAUGGAGAUGAUCAGGGUCAAAAAGUCGUCGAGGCGGCCAAUGGUAAUGAAGUUGGGGACUUCGAUGCCUCCCAGGUGCCGGAAGGAGAUUUACUGUAGACUGAGAUGGUAGAAUGCGCUCAAAGGUCGGCAGGCGGUGUCGAGGACAUGGAAAACCUCCCCACGGAACGCGUUGAAGUCUUAUAGGCUGCUUUUGCUUAUAGACUGGGGCUGCGUAAUGCGAGAACAAGAAGGUAGACCAGGUUUCCUAUCGGAAACUGCUAGACUAGUGCAAUCAAUAUGAAUGUUUGAGUGCCUACACAUUACAGUCGACCUUUGUUGUAGUUCGUUCUAAGAGGAUUGUUGUUAUGUGACAAAUUCUUUUAUUAUUAUCGGGUUUCAACGCGUCAAAUCUCGAAUUUACAACAAGACCUUCAUCAGAACCAGCUAUGCAUGUAUUGGGAUUUGACGCCUGAGUG